GCGCGGCCGCGGAGCCCGCGGCAGUUGCGCCGCCGGGGAAGAUGCGGCGGCCGCGCGGAGCGGCGGCGGCCGCAGGGAGGGUGCGGAGCGGCCGCGGCGCGGAGCUUCAGCGUUAAGGUACGUGCCCAAGCAUGCAGGGGGCUGGAUUCCUACUUAGCAGUGCUAUUCAAUCUGCAAGUGGUCCUGCUGCCUCUCUGUACAGUGGAGGAUGAACUGUGAAAACUGAGAACUACAUCUGAGCAUCCAGGGAAAGCAACCUUGGCAAGCAGGAUCCUCUAUUAUUGAAAUGUGACCACGGCUUUUUCAACAACUCUAUUGUGGACUUUUAAUCUGACUUUUCUGGAAGGGCUGCUUUUUAGUAAACAUGGCUUCAUCUGGGAAUGAGAUAGAAAGAUGGAAUCACAAGCAAGAGGGAGAGCUAUUAGAGCCAGUGACCUCUCCUGAGAAUGGUAAUCGUCUUUCGCCAGUGAAGUCAAUCAACAGUGUAGACAAUCUCUCACACCUUCAUGGAAAAUCAGACUCUGCUUACAGCUCUUUCUCAGGGGGCUCAAAUGUUCCAGAGUGUCACUUGCCAUCAUGUUACAGUGAAAGCUGCUGUGUGCCUCCAGAGCAGGCACCAUACAUGGACUCAGAGUAUGUGAGAGGUAUUUAUAAUCUCAGUGCAACAAACUCUGAACUCAGAUGCAUGCAUCCAUACAAGUCACCAGAUCUGAGCAGCCAUAACAACUCUCACAGUGUUAGUCUUGCUGAGCGAUAUGGAAACACUCCUACCCGAGGGACUGUAAAUCAGAGAUCGCUGCCUCUGGCUGCACCUCCACCUCCAAUGCCCUCUCCACCUUCUCCUCCCACGCGACUUGACAGCUAUAAAGUCACUAGACACUUUGAAAACACGACAGGGAGGUGUAACUCUGGAAGUCGCAGUGAGCAUAGUGUGCAGCCAUCUCCUGUGCAGGACAAUCAGCUAGAAGAUAAAGAUAUACCAUGCAGUCAAAUCAGGGACAAUAUAGCUGAGCAAGAUAUUUUGGCAGCUAGGAGAAAGACUCUGGAAAACAAGGACCUUUCCUCUUCUGAUGCUAAAAAUGGGCUAUCUAAAUCAAAAAAUCAGAGGUUAAAGACAGAGGAAAUUAAAAAGCAAAGUCUUUUCCAAGAACCUCUCAAGAGAAGCAAUCCACGCAUUUUCAUUAGACCUUCUUCAUUCAUUUUUCAAGAAUAUUUAAAGACUGACUCCAUGGCUAGUGCCCCUAAAAUUCUUUCUGCUUAUAAGAUUCCUGAAGAGAUGAACUCUAAAGCCUACCCUCCACCACAUACCAACCCUAACACUGUUAAUGAUAUACAAGAAAACAAACAGUAUCCCUGCAUUGUACAUAAGCCAAAUUUCAGAGAAGUAGGUCUGCUAAGCACAGUGUCAGAACCUAGCCAGCGAAAAGGAUCCUUGCCCCAUGCUCAUUGCCCAGUCCAUGCUGAGUUGCAUUCAAACUUGGAUCGGGAUGUGUUUGAGGACAGCUAUGACUUAAAAAAUAUGGAAAAUACUCUCCCAGUUAAAAAUGCAUCAAAGAAGCUAAACAGUUGUACAGAUAAGUAUCAAUGCUAUGACUCUAAAGGAGAGACUGGGAAUGAUGUUUGGGAACCACUCCUCAAUCAGCAAGCCAAAAUGCAGAAGUCCUCAGUGUCCCACAGCUUGGAUAGUGUAGAAUCAGAGUAUCCUUGCUGUAGGGAAUUGGAUCAUGUAAAUAAGCAAUGUUGUGAUAAUACUAACCAAACUUUUUUCAGACCAAAGGAAGAUGCUACAUCUCAUUUUUUAAAUGAAUCCAACAAAGAAAAACAAGUUAAUAGUAGUCCUGACCUUGCAAUGCAUCUAGAACAAGAGAAAUCUGCACCUCCUGUUUGUUUUCAGAAAUAUCAACCUGGUCUUCAAAAACAACUUGAAAGACAGCUGCAGGAUAAUAUUGUCAGUGAACAAAUAAACAGGCAAACAACUCCCCUUCUUUACUAUCUUUCUGGGGGAAAAACCACCAAUAUCCUGCAUCAAAGGAAGCACACCCAACAUCAAGAGGACUUGAGGAACUUGCCAAAGAAAUUUUCAACAAGCGAUUACUCGGCCUCAGUACGAUCUGUAGACAUACAAAGGGAAAGCAAUCAGCUUCAAAAGACCAAACACAACCAUCAGUGCAUUGCUGAUAAUCUGAAUGAGGCUGAUGAUGUCAUUCUGGGAAGUCCUGGUUCAUCAGUAGAUGAGAGUUUCAAGAAUGACUACAGAGAGCAACUUAAAGUGGCUCAAAAAAAGGUUCUAAGAGAAACCUCCUUUAAAAGAAAAGACUUGCAGAUAAGUUUGCCCAUUAGACUGAGAAAGAAACCCUCCAAAAGACCUUCAAUUGAACAUCUUAGAUCUUUUUCAUUAUCCAGUCCAAAUGAGGAUGCCAAGCCUGUUUCUUGUCCUCCUCCUUCUCCGCAGUUGAUAGAAAACUUCAGUAAAGGUGAAGAAAUUAAUGGGACACAAAUGGGUCGAAUAGGGGGAAGGAAAAAGGCAACAAAAGAGCAAAAGAAACUGUGCUUUUCUGAACCUGAGAAACUAAAUCAGCUGGAAGAUAGGGAUGUAUUGUGGAGUCAGGUCAGGGAUGAAAUUACUGAGCAAGAUGUAAUGGCAGCUGGGAGAAAGACUCUGGAAAACCGAGGAAGGGCGCUUUCCAGUUCAGGCAUCUCCAAGACUGAGCUGAAGCAAAUCCAACAUACUGCGCUUAUUGAAUACAUGGAACGAAAGAUUAGUCAAAGGCCCAGUAGUUCGCAACAUAUCCCACUGCAUAAUCCACCCAUGCAGAAGAGACCUUCAUAUCCUAAAUGGCCUUUUGGAAAGAUUUCCAAUCUAAAUAAAAGCAGGAAGAUACAAAACAAUGAGGUUUUGUACCGAGUUUUCUCUGAAGAAGAAUUUCCAGAUGUUUUUCCUCCUUUGGCUGCCCCAUUGAGCUUGACCAGUAGAUGCAAUGCCAGCUCCUCUGCUAGUACAGUGUCUUUGAAACCUAACCUGUCUCCCAAGGAAGCAGAUGGAAGCUGCACCAGUAGGUAUGCAUCAGCUGAAAACCUCCCUCAGGCAGGUGCUUCUGGUAAAGAUUGCGAGAGGUCAAAAUCAACUCCUCCUCCUAUGCAGGGUACUUCCAGAUGUGCCGGUUCUCCAGCGCCACCAGCCCAAAGCAGUGAACUGUGUCUUGGCCUCCCCAGUUUCCAUGAUGCUGAGAAAGAUGACUGUAAAAGUUAUGAAGAUAAAGACAACAAUAUAAUUGGAAGUUCAUGCUGUCAGUUCAGUAAGGAGCUGAUUCCUGAAACCUCUAUUCCUAUCCCAAGAAGUGGAAGCAAGGAAGAUACUCAAGUGGAAAAGGAGUGCAGAAUAAAAUCUCUGAAUGGCAAUUUUUUAAUAAAAUGUCCAGAACAGCAGUUAGAGGCAGAUGAUCCAGUUGUCCCUCAGGAGAAAGUAAUACACUGCCAGACCACAUUUUUAUUUCAGGCUCAUCAAGGAGAAAAAAAUACAGCCAAUGGUUUAGCUGCAAAGGAAACAUCUGUGCCUACUGGACAAGAUGAUAUUCUCCCAGAAAAAGAGAAAUAUCUACCUAAAAGGAGGCUGCAGUCUGCUGAAGACCAACGAUAUGAAGAACUUGCUAUGGAGAUCAUUGCCAAAGACAGUUCUCUGGCUGAUAUUCUCAUGCCUCAUACCAUUAGAAAAACUACUCUAGACUUGAUGGAGGGUCUUUUUCCUAUUAAUAUUUCUAUGUUAGGUAAAUCACACAGGAAAAAGGAAGAUGUACAACCUGUGCAGGAGAGCGACAGGAAAGGUAAUCAAGAUCUAACAGAAGAGAGCCCUGAGACUGAACACAAUGCCAAGGACAGGAACGAAGAUCCUGUUUCUAAGGGGAACCAAAUCCUGAAUAAGAGUAGAGACAGCACAAAUGACCUAGAUGACAUCACAUCCAAGAAAAUGGAACUCAUUUCGAGCCUCCGAUCAAAACUGCAGACGCUACGGGAGGAAAGGGAACUUGUCCUCUCUGAAACCAAGAAGUAUGCAGAGCGUGGCAAAGAGCUUGAGGCAGUGGUGCAAGAUAUCUGCAAGCCCAAUGAGUUUGAGCGCUACAUGAUGUUCAUAGGCGACCUGGAGAAGGUUGUGAGUCUGUUCCUCUGUUUGUCCAGUCGUCUUGCCCGAGUCCAGAAUGCCAUGAGGAAGAUUGAUGGAAAUACAGAUGCUGAGGAGAAGCAAUCACUGAAUGAACGACACAAGCUCUUGUCUAGACAGCGGGAAGAUGCAAAAGACCUAAAAGAAAAUCUAGAUCGUAGGGAAAGAGUGGUUUCUAGUAUCCUUGCCAAAUACCUGACUGAUCAACAGCUCCAGGAUUACAGACACUUUGUUCAGGUGAAGACCUCCUUACUGAUUGAACAGAAGGACCUAGAAGAGCAGAUUAAAUUUCUUGAAGAACAACUAGAAAAUCUUGAGAAAAGUAUCCACCUCUAAUAGCCAGCAACAGAUCAUCCACUUUUACACAUGGUGAUUUGUGACGUUUUCCUGGAAAUCCAUAUGUAUUCAUUGAACUUGGCUCAGUUUGAUGAAUUCUUACUUCUUACAAUUCUGUUAGCACCACAGUAUUGACAAGUGCUUAGAUGAUCUAGGCACACACUGGAAAUGCUUUCCCCUUUCCAUAGACCAACUGACAAAAUCUUACAGUAUGUAGCAGAUUGCAUUUUGGAAAUGACUGAUAGGAUGUGUUGCUCCUAUUAAUUUGGCAUAUUCCCCCCCGCCUUGUUGUCUGUCCGUCUGUUCCCAGAUUGACAUAAUCUCAAUAAAACAAUGGUAUAAAUA